AUGCAAGUACACACGGCGCUGCCACGCAACACCGCGCUACAGGCCCAGCAGGCAGCUGCACCUGUGCUGGCUAGCAGGAGGUGGGGCCCUUACAGCCGUCAUUCGGCCGCUAGCCGGCUAGAGACGCUCGUGUUCAGCAUCCUCUUCCCUGGACAUGGACAGCAGCAUUGCUUUCUCCAUCGGGGAACCCGGAGCGGGACCCCAGCUUCGGCGCCCGUCAGCACUGCUCGUGUGAUCCUCUUCUCGCCCCAGUACUCGUACGGAGCACGGAACUUGCUGGCCGGCUGCCAGAGAUCGCCUCACGGCCCACAUGCGACGCAACUCGAGGAAAUGCUUCCAUCACAUGGACGAGCCGCAGCUCCCGAGCCGAGCUGA